AUGUCCCUCUCCUCUCUCACGACGAAGGAGCAGCCUCGUCCCACGGUAUCGCCUUCCCUGUCUCAUGGGGAUCAAAGCAACCGCACUGGCGUUCGGCAACGCGUCUCGCGCAUGACGCGCAAGGUCACCACCCGGCAUGGUUGGUUUGGGGACUACGACUAUGCAUGGCUCUGCACGCCCACCUUGCCAUUCUCUCUGCGAGGAAAGACACAGCGCUCCAAGCUGCCCCCCUUCUACCAACUGGAUGCAGACCUUCCGCUAUUCCUUGCCAUCACGAGCGGUCUGCAGCACGCGCUCGCGAUGCUGGCCGGACUCAUUACUCCCCCCAUCAUUUUCGCGAGCGCGUUGAAUUUGGACGCAGGCACAUCUGCAUAUAUGAUCUCUGCUUCGUUGAUUGGCUGUGGAAUUUUGAGCCUGGUGCAAAUGUCCAGGAUUAGACUAUUCGGGCGGUUUUACCUUGGCACGGGGUUAAUCUCGGUUGUUGGGACCAGCUUUGCAACACUCAGCACGGCCAAUGCGAUCUUUGAUGCCAUGUAUGCAGACGGGACGUGCCAGACAAUCACUGCUGUGGACGGGACGACCUCUAGAGCAGCAUGUCCCGAGGCCUAUGGCAAGGUUCUUGGAACUUCAAUCAUUGCGUCCUUCCUGGAGAUCUUUAUGUCCUUUAUUCCCCCACGCAUCUUGCAGCGCAUAUUCCCACCUAUGGUCACCGGGACGGUCAUCUUGAUGAUUGGCGCGUCUCUCAUCGGCAGUUCUGGAAUUCCGAACUGGGGAGGAGGAUCUAAUAAUUGCAUGAGCAGACCCACUAGCGGGAUUUUUCAGCUCUGCCCUACUAUCUUCGCCCCGAGACCUCUUCCAUGGGCUUCCCCCGAGUUCAUUGGACUAGGCUUUCUCUCCUUCAUCACAAUAUUGCUGACAGAGCUCUUCGGCUCACCGUUCCUUAAGAACAUCUCGAUCAUCAUUGGGCUAGCUGUGGGAUGCAUCGUCGCUGGAGGCGCAGGCUAUAUUGACAGCAGCACCAUCAAGUCUGCGCCUAGCAUUACUUUCCUGUGGGUACAUACCUUCAAGAUCCGCGUCUAUCCUCCUGCCAUAUUACCAAUGUUAGCGGUCUACAUCUCUUUAGCGAUGGAAGCCAUAGGCGACAUCACAGCUUCAGCUGAAGUAUCAAGGGUAGAAGUAGAGGGUGAAGAAUUUGAGUCCAGAAUUCAGGGCGGUGUUUUGAGUGAUGGGAUUGGCGGUUUCAUGUCUGCACUCUUUACGGUGACCCCACUGUCUAUUUUCGCCCAGAAUAACGGCGUCAUCGCUAUCACGCGCUGCGCGAACCGCAAUGCCGGACGAUGGUGCUGUUUCUUCCUCAUUCUAUUCGGAAUCAUAGGCAAGAUAUCUGGCGUAUUUUUAGCUAUUCCGAAUCCCGUCCUGGGCGGCGUGACCACCUUCCUCUUCGCUUCCGUCGCCACCUCGGGACUGCGCGUUCUUGCAUACAACCGGUACACCCGUCGGGACCGCUUUGUCCUCGCUGCUGCGCUAUCAUUUGGCAUCGGUGACCUUCUCGUGCCCGAUAUCUUCACACACCUGUUCGACGGGGUCAGCGCGAACAAGGGCUUGCAGGGCCUGUUGGACUCGAUCACGAUCAUUUUAAGCACGCCAUUCUUGAUGUCGGGACUUGUGGCUGCGACAUUGAAUUUGAUAUUACCGCAGGAGCAAGAGCAGGAGCAGGAGCAGCUAGACGAGACUGUGGACGAUGAGAUACAUGCUGUGCAAAUUAUUCACAAACAGGCGUAGAUUAAUACUGUC